CCCUCACGUACAAGAGCGUUGCCAGCAGGAGAAAGACGAGGUGCUGGAUGGGAAGCAUUCGGUCACGUAUGAUGACAGACAUAACAUGCCAUACAUGCAGGCUAUGAUCCAUGAAGUGCAGAGGAUAGGCAACAUUGUUCCACUCAGCAUCAUCCACGCAACGACCAAAGACACCGAGCUCAUGGGAUACUCCAUUCCCAGGGGUACGUUGGUCAUCCCUAACCUGGGCACAGCCCUGAGAGAGGAGGGACAAUGGAAAUUCCCUGAUGAAUUCAACCCAGAAAACUUCCCCAACGACAAGGGAGAGUUUUUCAAACCCGAGGCCUUCCUGCCUUUCUCUGCAGGUCCUCAGGUGUGUCUGGGAGAGGGUCUGGCUCGUAUGGAGCUCUUCCUCACCUUGGUGACACUGCUGAGGAAGUUCAGGUUUGUCUGGCCUCAGGACGCAGGAGAGCCAGACUUGACUCCGGUCUACGGGGUCACCCUGUCUCCCAAACCCUACUGCAUGAAUGUCUAGCUCAGGGCGACACAGUAAAAAGGUCUUACAAUCUAGUCGAUAUUAUCUUAGGUUCCUCACAUUAACUUUUAAAUCAUAUGCUUGUAGGUCAUCAUUUUACAAAAAUAACACAUUGUAAAUAUACUUUACAAAUGUAUAAUUGCAAAUUUUAUGAUUGUAUGAAAUGCAUCUUUAUAUGUAUGGGAUUGAUGGAUGAAUAAACCGCGAUAUUGAGCCAAAA